AUGGCCGAAUCUCUCUCCACCCCCCGCAUAAACUCCACCUACCUCGACUCCUUCACCAACCGCACCGUCCGCAUUACCGGGAAGGUUAUCCAGCUGCGCGGCGAAGAGGCAACACUCGAUUCCAACGGACACAUUACCGCGCAUUUGAACCGAGAUGCGCAUCUCACAGUCGGCAAUGCCGUCGAGAUUGUCGGGAAGGUGAACCAAGACCUAUCUAUCAAGGUCUUGCAAGCCACGGACAUGGGAGCCGAUUUCAACUAUGCAGCCGAAGCCGCCGUCGUAGAUGCAACACACCGGUACAAGGAUAUCUUCUAUUCAGAGUCGUGA